GAAUCAGGUGACUUAAGACCUCACAGGGGCGGGCAUGCCGGUGCUCCAAGACCGUACGAUCAAAUACAGGUCCGCACUGAAAUACUUGUUGGGAGGGUACUUUAUAAAACAAGCCGGAUACAGUGCCACAGGGCAGCGUGGAUAUGUGCAAGGUGUUAGAGGUAACUGGGGCGGAGCAGAUUACCGGUCACCCCCACUCGCUCGCACUCACAGGGCCGGACAGGGUUACGUUCGUUAAGGCGGCCAGUCGCGAGGAUGCUAGGUGGUGGGCGGAGCUUUUAGCGGUGUUUCCACGUCGCCAUAAACGCAACGCGACGUUUCCUGGUGGUCGCGCGUCUCCGUCCCUACCUCAACUAGGGCGGAGCGCCAGUCCGCAACCUCCCCGCCCGCGGCAUCUCAGCACGGCGGGUAGACCUACUUUCGACACACCCCCUUUGAAAGAGGAGGCGGAGGUGUCUACGCGACCGCCCCCAAGCAGGGCAGUUGCCAUAGGAACGACGGGCGUGAAUACUGGAGGCGGAACUCCUACCGCUACGAUGACUAUAGGAGAAGGGUCUUUGAGGAGCGGUAAGUUGUUCUUAUAUGAAAUGUGUUCUGGCAUUGCAUUAAAAUGUACAUGUACAUACUAAACAUGGC